ACACGGAGCGGGGGGAGGAAAGGGAGGGGCGGAAAUCGAGAGCGUGUGCUCAGCUGCAUGACUCACUCAUGAGUGUUGGAAGGAAAACGACGUGACUUUAUUUCACAGACGCUGUUUUAACAGCACCACACGCAGCAAACAUUUCAAAUUUAAGUCAAUUUAAUCAAGUUUGGGUUAGUUCUCUUCACCUCGACGUCAGCGAAAGGUUCUACCCACCCCGCUGCGCCUGCGCCCAGAUUCAGAUAUGGUGCCCUCGCCAACACUCUCCUCAAAUAUGAGCCCAAAUGUGACAGAGGCAUUAGCUAUGGGAACUUUAACAUCCCUUCCUACACAAGCAAACACCACCAUGAUUCCGGUGGUAACAACAGCAGCCCCCGCCAGUCCAGACGCUGCAGUUAUAGCAGUGGUUAUUGUUCUCAUCCUGCUGACGGUAGCUGCUUUGGGCUUCCUGCUCUACCGGUAUCUCUGCCACAACAAAGGGGACUACAGGACGACGGGGGAGCCGGCUCCGGGGGAUGACCCCGAGGACGAGUAUAACAACCAAGCUGCGAGCGAAAAGAAGGAAUACUUCAUAUGAAAAUGGCGAAGACUUACAGAGAGUGAGUGGAGAAAGACAAAAGGGUCUGUAAAAGACUAAAAAGGAUAUAGGACGUUUUAGAUUUU